CGCUCUGCUGCGAUGCGGAGCGGCGGGGCGGGCGCGGCGGGGACCAGCGGGAAGGCGCGAGGCGCCGCAGGCAGCUAGGCGGGCGGCGGGCGCGGGGCUGCCGGAGCUCUCCAGGGUGCUUGGGACGCUCCUGCCCGCGAGGAGCAGCUCAGCUCCGCGCAGAACCGAGCCGAGCCCCGGAGCACUUCUGAUGCCUCGGACACCACCGCUCCAGGGCUCUGCUGAGCCUCCGAGCAGCAUGGCCCGGAUUAGGUACCUCCGAGCGGCUGUGUCGGGAUUUUACCUGUGGGAAGCAGCGGUACUGCUCAGCUUGGUAGCCACAAAGGAAACAGACAGUGCAAGAUCGCGCAGCAUGCCGAUGUCGCCAUCUGAUUUCCUGGACAAGCUAAUGGGAAGGAUGUCAGGCUACGAUGCAAGAAUCAGACCAAAUUUCAAAGGCCCUCCAGUUAAUGUCACAUGCAACAUAUUUAUAAACAGCUUUGGAUCCAUUGCAGAGACAACCAUGGAUUACCGAGUGAACAUCUUUCUCCGACAGAACUGGAAUGAUCCACGCCUCGCAUACAGUGAAUAUCCAGAUGACUCUUUAGACUUAGAUCCAUCCAUGUUGGAUUCAAUUUGGAAACCUGAUUUGUUCUUUGCUAACGAAAAAGGUGCCAACUUUCAUGAAGUUACAACAGAUAAUAAAUUGUUGCGAAUUUUCAAAAAUGGGAAUGUACUUUAUUCCAUCAGAUUGACUUUAAUACUGUCCUGUCCGAUGGAUCUAAAAAAUUUUCCAAUGGAUGUGCAAACGUGUAUAAUGCAGCUGGAAAGCUUUGGAUACACAAUGAAUGAUCUCAUUUUCGAAUGGCAAGAAAAGGGAGCAGUUCAAGUAGCAGAAGGUCUCACUCUGCCACAGUUUCUGUUGAAAGAAGAAAAAGAUCUAUGUUACUGCACCAAGCAUUACAAUACAGGAAAGUUUACAUGUAUUGAAGUCCGAUUUCACCUUGAGAGGCAGAUGGGUUACUAUCUCAUCCAGAUGUACAUACCAAGUCUCUUGAUCGUCAUUCUCUCCUGGGUGUCGUUUUGGAUCAAUAUGGAUGCAGCUCCAGCCAGAGUGGCUUUAGGCAUAACAACUGUACUGACCAUGACAACACAAAGCUCAGGUUCACGAGCAUCUCUUCCAAAGGUAUCAUAUGUCAAAGCAAUUGACAUCUGGAUGGCUGUGUGUCUGCUCUUUGUAUUUUCUGCACUUUUGGAGUAUGCAGCUGUAAACUUUGUGUCAAGGCAACAUAAAGAACUUCUGCGAUUCCGCCGCAAGAGGAAGAAGAACAAGGAUGAUGAUGUAAGGGAAAGUCAGUUUAGUUUUACAGCAUAUGGAAUGGGCCCAUGUCUGCAAGCAAAAGAUGGAGUGACACAAAAGGGGCCAAAUAAUCCUGUUCAAGCUGCACCAAAAAGCCCUGAUGACAUGAGAAAGGUAUUCAUCGACCGGGCCAAGAAGAUAGACACGAUAUCCAGAGCUUGCUUCCCAUUAGCCUUCCUGAUUUUCAAUAUUUUUUAUUGGGUAAUUUACAAAAUCAUCAGGCAUGAGGACAUUCACCAAUAACAAGAUUAAGGCUUGCAAUACAUACAGCUCUGUCUGCUAUGUUCAAGAGGACGCUUUCUGUUAGAAAUGCACAUCAGAAGAGUUGAAUGGAAGAGUAACACCCAGAGAAGAUACAUCUGUUAUUGCAAACUUUCUGUGUCAAACUAAGUAUCAACUCUUUUUCACUGUAAAUCACUCUCUAUUGAAGCUUUACUGCCAAGUGUUUAUACAUGCUGUUACAUAGUGGUAUAAUUGUACAAUACUCUUUGAUGUUUGUUAGAUUUUUUUUUAAUUCUGGUAUAUUUUUAAUUUUAAAAAUGGAUUCAGAAUACCCUAGGUAAAUCCCACAGUAUUACAGAAUAGAUUAGCAUUUGAAACCUUUAAUUUACUUUAGAAGAUAAUGAAAAAUUACUGAUUUGAGAUUACAGUUUUAGGGACAUUUUCUUGUCUUAAGGAUAGUACCUGUGGUUUUGCAAUGAGUAUAUUUGACAGAUUUAAGUUAUGUAGUUUCUUCAAUGAACUUCAUAUUACUGUUGCCCUGGGAGGUACAUGUUAAAAUCAUCUCAGACAGGGCAAGAUAUCUGCAGCCUAAUAACCAGCAUACUACAUGAUAAAUAUAUCUAAAUUUAUGAAGUAUUUAUUUC